GCCUGACCAACUACAACAGUGUUGGUGUGGCAGAUUUCCUUUGUAUGCAGCUUGACAAAUGUCUGGAAAGAAACUUCCUUUAGGAAGGCCCCUUUAACCCAGAAUGCGAACCAAUCAUAUUGCAUCAUAACUUGGUUACGCGCGUUGAUUGCGCCCCGGUACUUCAUGAAGCUGACUGAUGUCUUCAUUUUCCAUUGGAUGACAUUUAGUGACGCCGGCGUGCGUCUGCACGAAGAGGAUGUGUGCGAGUUUCACUUUGUCAGCAAAGUGCCAGCGCCUGUUGACCGUCCAGCUUGCUAAAUCGGGAAACGCCCCAUAUUUGGAAACUUCCUCUUUUCCUCUGUACACUUUUAUCUGACAUUCAGAUAAAAGUGUACAUGUUGUUACCGUUUGUAUAAGAGUUUUUUGUUUUUCAGGUGAAACUCCAUGUCAAGUGGAAAGGUGUGUGUGUGUCAUGGUGUGUUCCUGUCCACAGAGCCUCUGUGAAGAUGAGCACAAUUUCAAUGUGAAACUCCUGGCUGGCGUCAGACCGCCACAGGACAUCACAUGGCUCACACAACACGAAUGCCUCUUUUUCUGCUUUGGCUCUCCUGCUUCUGUCGUGCCGCCGACGGUCGCGGAGAUUCAGCCGGCUAUCCGACGGUGAAGAGCGUAGAUAACAAAAACUGUGAGAAUGUCCUCUCUGACUGCCUGCAAGGUGACGUUUCCUGGACCAGGUGUUAUACGGAACAUAUUGUACGAUGCACACCAGCACGUCGAGGGAAGCCCGGCUUCAUUUUUCUUAAAGUUGACCCAUCUAAUGAGACGGAGGUGCGUCCUACUGCUGAACACGGCAUCCGCAUGCCGUCAUCGGCCCUCCAGAGAGCCAGAGGACCCGAUUCUAACCCAGAGGUGUUGGUGGUGGCGACUGUGCUGGACAGCGCACAUUUCAAGCCUCAAAGGAGAAAACAAGGCAGAAGAGUCCAACAACCCCCUGCAGGCGCAGUGUUGGGGGGCAUCGUCCUGGUCGUGCAUGUGGGCAAAUACCCGCUCCAGAACCUCCGGGAACCCAUCACGUUGACCUUCAAACACAACAAAUCGGUGGGCAACGGGACUUGUGUGUUUUGGAAGGAGUCGAGCCAGGAAGGAGGAACAGGUGACUGGAGCACAUAUGGCUGUGACACCAUCGACACAGGAAGUCACUUUGUUUGCCAUUGCAACCACCUGAGCUUCUUUGCAGUACUCGUGAACCCUGAUGUCUCACUGAGUAAAGAGGAUGCGUUCAACUUGAGUUUGAUCACCUACGUCGGCUCAGCGCUCUCUGUCUUCUUCACGGCCGUCAGUCUGAUCAUCUACAUCUGCCUGCACAAGCAGCAGCCCGAAAGAGCCGUCGGCCUGCACAUGCAGUUGACGGCGGCGCUGCUGUGCCUGCACUUCAGCUUCCUGCUCUGCAGCUUCUGGGCCUGGAGGCUGAAGGAGAACGAGGCGGACUGGUUCUGCCGGGCGCUGGGCCUCCUUCUGCACUGGUCGCUGCUGGCCACCGUCAGCUGGUCGGCUCUGGAGGGCUUCCACCUUUACCUCCUGCUGGUGCGAGUCUUCAACAUCUACAUCAGGAGAUACCUGCUCAAACUGAGUGUGGUGGGCUGGGGCCUGCCCACACUCAUUACUCUGCUUUGUGGCGUCUCGGGUGUCUACGGGAAGUACAAGCUGGAGUUCCGUGACGCCAACAAUCACACCUCAACGCUGCAGCUAUGCUGGAUCAGCAGCCAGUUCCCCCACAGACAAGUGGUCACCUACAUCACCACGGUGGCCUUCCCCAGCCUGGUGGUGCUUUUUAAUUCCUGCAUGCUGGGCCUGGUGGUGUUCAAGCUGUGGCGCCUCCGCGGCGGCUGGGAGAAAUCCAGCAAGGGUCGGGCCAGCCGCUUGUGUAAGGAUUCCGUGACCGUGCUGGGCCUCAGCUGCGUGCUGGGUUUACCAAUGGGCUUGUCUAGCGCCACCUACGUCUCCGUGCCUGGCAUCUACGUCUUCACGACGCUCAACUCGCUGCAGGGUGUCUUGGUGUUCUUGUGGUCUUUGGCUUUGACCUGCAAGUCCCGAACUGACGCCACCGCAUCAUCAGGAGACACUUCCUCUCAGCGAAUCAUCACCACCAGUUUUAACAGCUGAUCCCCCACACACUCGUUUUAUUGCCUAUAUUAGGUGUGUUUGUGUGUGUGUGUGUGUGUGUGAGAGAGAGAGAGAGAGAGAGAGAGAGAGAGAGA